AUGGCGACGCGCGCGCGGGACGAGGACGCGGGCGCGCGCGCGAGGACGCGAACGCGCGGAAUCGCGCGAGCGACGACGGCGGGUGACGCGGGAAACGCGCGGCGAGGCGAACGGGCGCGCGCGGCGGCGUGGGGCGAGCGGGGAAGGGACGAGGGAGGGGACGACGCGAGGGACGGGACGGCGACGCGCGGGAGACGCGGCGAACGCGGAGGGCGACGCGGACGUGGCGUCGAGCGCGGGUUCGACGCGUGGGAGCAUCUCACGGCGACGGGGGGGACGAUGGAUCCGAUGGUGGAGGCGCACGAGAUCGAGGACGAUGGGUGGGCGUCGCCGUUCGACGAGGAAAACGACGCGUUCGUGGGGACGCCGGAGCGGGCGGCGGCGCUGGACGAGGAGAUUCGAAGCGUGAAGCCGCAAGGUUUUCAGUCGGUGGGGAGUCAGAGUCGAGAUUCGGGUAAGGUGACGUACGGGUUGAGGCCGCUGUACGGGAAACUGCUGACGAAGAAGAUCAAAGAGUUGGGCGACGCGAGACGACUGGACGCCGUGUUUGAUUUGCUGGAGAUGUCCGCGAUACCGACCACGCCGAAGGGGAGGAAGAUCACGAUGGGUGCGGUGAUCGGGGCGUGCGUGAAGUGCAACGAGCUAGAUACGGCGUACAAGCUCCUGAUGAAGCUCGACGGAGUGUCCGAGUGCGGGGCGGGGGCGCCAGCGUACAGCGCGCUCAUGCUGGGAUACGCCAGACAGGGGCGUCUCACCGAGGCGCUCGGAUUGCUAGAGCAGUGGGAGAAGGGCCGCGGGCCGAAGGAUGGGAAAUUCGGCGUAGGUAAACGCGGAAACAUCGUCUUGCGAGGUUCGUGGAAAUGGUCAAAGGACGACGUGCCAAAGUACGGAAAGCGCGACGACAUGGGAACGCAAUGGCACCCCAAACGAACGGCGACGACGCGCAUGCUCUUCGCCGCGCUCGAUGCGUGUGCGACGAAUGGUGAUGUGCGACGGACGCGCACGUUUAUGAAGCGCAUCACGACGUGGGAAGGACGCGUUCGCGGCGGCGACAACUUUAACGAAGACGAGUAUAUUUGGAACGCGCUCGUCAAGGCGUGCGCCCGAAGCCAGGACGCGUUGGGAUGCUUGAACAUUCUUCCUGAAAUGUCCAAGGCUGGCGUCGAGCCGACCAGAGUGACGUACAACAUCACCAUCUCAGCGUGCGCCAAGGCUGGUCGCCCCGAUUGGUGCCGCGCGUUGCUGCGAAGAAUGGAUAGGAUCAAAGACGCCAACGUGCAUCCGAAUGAAAUUUCGUACACGACGACGUUGGUGGCGGAGACGGCGGCGGCUCGAGACAUUGUCGGUGGUGAAUUCGCGGGUGGCGUCGAUGUGGUGAAGGAUCUUUGGAGUCGUUUCAUAGCAAAGGGUGUGAAGCAAGACGGCAUCGUCGUCGGCGCCUUCGUGAACGCCUUUGUGGCGUACGGAGACAUCGACACCGCUUUGACGGCGCUCGACUUUGGCUACGAGAAGAAGAUGUACAUCAGUCCGAGCGUGUACUUCUCCGCCAUGCGACUGUUGGCGACGAACGGCGACGAGCAAGGGGUACGAAAACUGAGCAGUAAGCUUCAGCGGAAGAACAAGAGCGGCGAGAUCAAAGCCGAGUGCGACAUGUUUGAGGCCGAAGCGUGCGCCGCGGCCGGCAACGUCGAGGGUGCGCGCGCCGCGAUUUUCCGCGUUCAGAAUGGUAACGAAGAGGCUGCGGCUAGGGUAUUUCGCGACCGAUCGUCCGGUGUUCUCGUCGCGCUCUUUGUCCAGGAAGUCCUCGAGUGUGACGCCAACUUCGACAACGCGGCGCAAUCGUUCGAUGAAGAGGACGACGACGGCGCGCAAGAAUUCGAUCCCUUGGACGACGACGUCGUGUUAAAUCACAAUGGUUCGCUCUGUCGAUGGGAAAAGCCGGACGUGUGGAGCGUCACGCAGGCGCUCGACUUACUCGACGGUGCGUGGUCGUACGACGAAUUCGACGAGCAAGGCAUCGGCGCCUCACCGGCGCCUCCACCGCGAGGCGGUUGGGCCAACGCCGUGCAAGUCGGCGCCGUGGAGCCUCUCCUGUUCAAGAAGGGCGUCGCGCCGGGCGAACCGAUCGCAUCCGUGCUUCCAAACGUGGGCGAGUGCAUGCGCCGCGGCGACAUCGUCCGUCGCAGCGACUCUGUCGCCGACGCGCUCGAGUCUUUAGGCGCCAACGUCAACGCCGUCGUCAUCGACGACGAAACUGGCAUCCCCGUCGGCACGUUUCGUCGGGCCGACGGCUGCGUCGGCACCGACAUUACCGUCGGUCAGGUCAUGAGCGCCGCCCCCGAGCGUCUUUCGCUCGACGAAACCACCGUCGGCGACGUCGCCAUGAUGUGCGUUCGCGACUCCGCCGCUUUAAUCGCCGUCGUCGACGAGCAAGGCUGCAUCGUCGGCGCGCUUCGUCAGGACGACGUUCUCACCAACGCGCGCGUCAACGGCGACGACGCCUCGCCCCGUUAG